UCCAAAGCUUCCUUUUCCUUCAAAAUCAUUUAUUUUUCUCCCCAAGUACCUACUUUUUUCCUUCACAUGGCAGUAGUUCGUGAGCGACGCCAGAUUAACCUCCGCCUCCCGCUGCCUGACGUUUCCGAUUGUGGCCCCCGCUUCCCUCUCCCUCUCCCUCUUCCUCCAUCUGCCGCCUCAAACGUCACAGCCGCUUCCUCGGUUUCUAUCCCUGCAGUGGAGCUCAAGAGACUCGGUGUACUCGGCCAUGGAAACGGCGGCACUGUCUACAAAGUCCAACACAAACGGACUUCCAAGAUUUAUGCACUGAAAGUUGUUUACGGUGACGGCGACCUGACGGCACGUCGACAGGUUUUCAGAGAGAGGGAUAUUCUGCGGAAGACGGAUUCGCCUCACAUAGUUCGCUGCUACGAAACGUACGAGAAGCCUUCCGGAGAUGUUGCGAUUUUGAUGGAGUACAUGGACGCGGGAACUUUGGAUACUGUUCUUCGUAACGAGGGUACUCUCUCGGAGCCUCAACUUGCUCAUAUAACAAGGCAGAUUCUGAAAGGGUUGAGUUAUUUACAUAGCCAUAAGAUAAUUCACCGAGAUCUCAAGCCUUCGAAUCUGUUGGUGAACAAGAGGAUGGAAGUCAAGAUCGCCGAUUUCGGAGUCAGCAAGAUCAUGUCCCGGACUUUGGAAUCGUGCAACUCCUACGUCGGAACAUGCGCUUACAUGAGUCCGGAGCGGUUCGACCCAGACGCUAACGGAGGUAACUACGAUGGGUUCCUUGGCGAUAUCUGGAGUUUGGGGCUUACUUUGAUGGAACUUUACGUGGGUCACUUCCCGUUCCUGCCGGCGGGUCAAAGACCCGACUGGGCUACGUUGAUGUGCGCGAUAUGCUUCGGCGAACCACCUACUCUGCCGCCGGGUGCUUCCGAUGAGUUCCGAAACUUCAUGGAGUGUUGCUUGCAGAAGGAGUCUAGUAAGAGGUGGACAGCUUCCCAGCUCUCGGAGCAUCCGUUCUUAAUCAAGUAUCCGACCGCCGACAGUUGAACAGACCCGACGGCAAACGGAUUGUAAAUCCUAAUACCCGGUUAAACUUUUUAAGGGAUAUGGGAUUAGGUGGUUGAGCUUUUUUGUAUAGACAAUAACUAAAUCUGGAAUCGGAUUUUUCUUUA